GGUAUCGCGCAGUAAGCAUCGUGGUGAUUGAAAUUGCAUAAUCAUCGUAAUUAAGGCCAAGGCCGUGUUUCUGAGCGGCAUCCCAAAAAGUAAAAUGAGGAAGACAGAAAAGGAAAGAAUGGAUGACAAUUUGGCAGUGGGCCUCUUUUUUGUAUUUGCCACCACUUUAUCAGACAAAAAACGCGUGCGUGUGAUCCCCUAUUUUAUGGCUGGACAGGAAUUUUAUGCUGUGAUUAUUAUUUGUAUCAUUGUUUUGGCUGCCAUCGUAUGCGGUCUCGGCAUUCGCAUCUAUCGUCGAGCUACCGUGCCUGGCAAUCCAACCUCGAUCCAGCAAGAAUGGCAACCCAUGGACUCCAUGUUCUCGCCAAGCGUACCUACGCCAGACACACAUGAAAUCAACGACAGAACAAUAGGUACAAAUGGAACUACCUUGCAUUUACUGUGACGCGAGCUGAUCUAAUUCCUGGCUAUUUGUUACUUGGCAGGGUGGCAACGAAAGCAUCCUCCGAACACCACCACCUGGGUGGACGCCAGUCAAAUCGCCUUGGUCGCUGAACGCGGAGUCGCAGCA